CAUGUUUCUUGUCUCUUUGUCCAUUUCGUUUCAAUGCCAGCCUUGCGCGGACUGUGUGUGAACUCUGAACGUUACGACUAACGGCGGCGGUUUGUUUACUGCACGAUUUCUCACGACCGCUCCCCUCUGCACCCCUUGUCCUUCCGGUUCCGCCAGAAGAGCACCACUGCCCGGAGAGCUCCACACGCCGAGCUGCACCCUGAACGUUCCUCUCGCGCAGCGAUCGCCAGCCUCGUCCUGCACUGUUGUCCCUCGCUUUGAGUGCCCUCGCAGGCCGUACUCACUCUCACCGUGCUUGCACCUGGCCAACAGCAACCCCCCAUGGCCUUGCUGAAGCGAGACACCGUUGCCCGCGACGCGAAACCGCGCGACGACGACGCUUCCCCCCUGGCUCGCGUUAUGCGCGAAUUCGAGCAGCUCGUGCUAGACUUUGAGAGUGGCCUGCAGCGCUCUCUCUCGGGUCCCAACACCACUGCGCAACACGGCAUGAGGGGCUGGUGCAGCGACGACAUCCGGCGCGAGGCCUGCCGCAUGGCUGUCUCCGACCUCAGCGACAAGUACACCCGCAAGCACAUCCGUCGUUCCCUCAAUGCCGCCGAGUCUGAAGGCAAACGCGCCGAGGAGCAGCUGCACAACCUCACCCUAACUGCUGGCCCCGACGCCGACGACGAGCUCAGCAUACACAACGGCUACUUCCGCCUGUACUCGACCGAGCUCUUCGACCUGCUCGGCCAGCCCACCGAUCUGCGCUUCGGCACUCUGCGCUUCCAUAAACACGACACAGCACCCGUCCACGAUGAUCCCCAGUCCAACGGCGUCACCGUCGAGCUCGCCCUGAAUAGCUCCUUCUUCACCGCCGACUCUGAGGAAACACUGCCUUACCACACCUUCCGCAUGCCCACUGCACCAUCAUUACAGAACAGAGGACUCCGAAGUCGAAAUCCUGAUGAUGGCGGUGCCUUCCCCGACUUCGACUCGUGGCUACUCUUCACAUUCCUCGGCAACGGCUGCUUGAAGCUCGAGGUACCCAUCGAGAUGUGCGACAGCGUAUACGGGGGCCGUCUGCGAGGGCGAGAAAACGAGGAGGUAACGUUCUGGGGCUUCUUCGUCGACGAUGACAUUGAUUCAUAGCGGGUCUUGGCUUUGCUUGCAACGGAGUUGCGGACUGGACCGUAGACUGGGGUUUGGCUUUGGAGUUGGGCGCUUUAGGAUGGGCUGCGAGCCUCACCGACAAGAGUGUCUGCACGCACAUGCACUUACGAUUUACGAAUUUCCUUGACAUCAUAUCAUAUCUUCUCUUCUUCAGCCUCUGUAUGAUGCAUCAUCUAUCAUUGCGCAUUGAUUCGACUUACUCUUCACAUCCAUAUUUUGCAGUAGGUUUGGGCGGCAUUUUGCAUAGCAUUGCUUUUUUUCAAAAGCCGGGAAAACAGAGGUAGAUGGUAGAUACGUAGGCAUGGACACGCAGCGCGCACUCGGAGCAAGUGUACGUCUCGAUAAUGGUAGAGUAAAUGAACGAAUCAGAGACGACGGAUCAUCUUCGGCAUUCGC